AUGCAAACUUCGGUUAAUGCAAUUGAAAAGGCAAAUGUGCUUAGGAAGGAAUUUUUGGAAAUCGAAAUAAAUCAUGAUGAAUUGUUAUCGAUUGAGUAAUUUUAUAGAUGCCUUGAUAAGAAGGUAUAAACUGCUUCAAAAUUUAGUUAAGAAGACAAUUUGAUAGAGAAUUGGGAGAUCAAUUAUAUCAAAGAAUGAACAAAAGUUUUAAUAACAAAAUCACUGUGGAUGAAUUUAUCAAGGUGUUUCUCCAAGCAGAGGAGAUCUUAAAGAAUAAAAUCGAAGGUUGUAAAAAGCAGAUUAUGGAUUAUAAUAAAUAAAGAAAAUAUGUAUCAAACCAAUUUGAUGUAUGAAUUUGAAAAUAAUUAAGUCAAUAAAAGAUAGCGAAAGAGUUAAUUAAUAUGGAAUAAAGGAGGACAGCCACUUGACUGUUGAAUUGUUGGAAGGAAUCAAUUUUCCAGCUCAAAAUGUAUCAGUAAUUUUAAAAUUGGAAAAUUAAAAAUAAGAAAUCCAAUAACAAAAUGGACCAUCACCUCAAUGGAACAAGACCCUUCAUUUGUAAUACUUUGUUUGUCAUAUUCUUAUAGUAAAAUUUCAACUGGCCUCGAAGAACUACAAUUGUUUUUCUACACCAUCAACCAUCCAAACAUACCACAAUUACUGGGAACUGUGACUUUGUCCUUGUCCCAUUUGACCAAUCAAACUAAAAUUGAAGAUUGUUGUCAAUUAUUUGAUAAAAAUGGAUAGCAAACAAACACCAAAAUUAAAUUGAGAUCAUAAUGGAUCUUUAACGAUUCAAAAUCAUUGAGUCAUUAAAUCGAAGUCUGGAAUGAGUAAAUAAAAACUGCCUAAGAUGACCUAAUUGAUUUUGAGAAAGAUCUAGCUACACUCUAUGAACCAUUUCCAAAUUACGUCCAACUUAUUCGCAGUAUAGAAAAAGAAGACCUGGCUAUAAACCAUUAACCGCCUAACACUUUAGUGAUGACACCAAUCAAUAAUAUUAGUUCUCAAUAUGAUUACAAAUUAUACACUCGACUGAGUAUCUUAAUUGUAAUGGGACUUAGUGUAUUUAUUUGUUUUGGAAAAACUCAAUUUUUGGAUGUAAAAAUUGUUUAUAUCCAAAAUAGUUAAUUAUAUGCUUCUUCUUCAUUAUAGAAUUUGAAUUCAAUAGACUCUACAAAUAGCGGUUAAUAUACUAUUCUGUAGCUGUGGGUAUCUCAUUGUUAUGCGAUUUGGUGUGGGCAAUCAAGUAUUCUAGAGGAUUUUGGGGUAGUGAAGCAACUGAAACUGAUAAAUAUUAUGCCAUAGAGAACGGACCCAAUAGAUUAGCCUUAAUUUUACUUUAUGUGUCUUUCGUAUUUAAGGUAGUUUAUAUAGUGACUAUGAUAGUUAAUUUUAUGCGCACUUUUAGGAGCAUUAAGUCAAGAGAUGCCAGAGCAAUUGGAGGAACAGUUGCCGAAUAAGAAUAAAUAAGUGAAAUAAUAAUUGUUGUAUUAAAAAAACAAGACUGCUUAAUUUGGUGAGGAUAACAGCACAUUUUACAAUUAUUGA